GGAUCCCACACAUUCAACCAUCCUAUUGUUCUUUGUAAUUUGCAGAUCCCGUCCGACGGCAGCCAACAGACUAUCCCCGCCCAAUUUAGAGUGCGACGACGGUGUCGCCUCGGGACGUACCGACAUGGGUACCAUGUUUCAAAACGGUGCAAACACCAGCGUGCGGGUGCAGCAUGCCGCAAAGAAAAACAAAAAGAAGGUGGCCCGGCAGCGCGACCUUGGAGAAAGCAUGGUCGUCGGUUUGAGCCAUGUGGCAGCUAGAGGCGAGCCGUGCAUUUGCUUUGCGGCCGUCGCUCUUGUCUUGCUAGCCAGUGCGUUGGUCUGCUUCGUCCAGUCGCAUGUUAGCCUGAUCGCCCAUCUCUGGCGAGCUCUGCAGCUGCUGGCUCCGGGGCCAACCGAGUGCGGCGGCCUAGCGCGGACGUCACCAAAAGCGCGCAAGAACAGGCAUGAGCCGUUCGCCAGCGAGAACUCCAAGCACGCCUCCAACAACGGCCGACAGCGUGCCACCGACGACAAGGGCAAGGGCCGCAGGGGCAAGGGCAGUGGCAAGCGGCGGACCAACAAUGACGAGAGCAGCUGCAGCGACGACGGCGGCGGCGGUUCGUUACGGUGCGGGCCGCCCCGUGACAAAGGCGCAGAGCGCAAGUUCGCGUGCCCUCUGUACAGAUACGACCCCAUCGUGCACCUGGAAUGCCUGGCCUUCAAGAUGACGGAACCCUGGGUGGUGAGGCAGCACCUGGCGCGGCGGCACAACGCAGACCAGCGCUGCACCAUCUGCGGGGAGUACUUUGCAACGAGCGCCAAGUGCGAGGCGCACCUACUGACGCACCGGGAGGAGGAGUCGGCCCAGCAAACGCCUACCAAUCGCGAGUACCACGAUCUCGACCGGAACCAAUACGCCGCCCUGGGGGGCUUCGAGGCGGCCACCCAUGGCAUGAACCAGCACGACAAGUGGGGGUGGCUCUGGAGGAAAUCGUGCCCCGAACCAGACAAACCACCUCACCCCGGCGUUUUCCUCGACACUCUCCUCAAGGAGACAAUUGACGUGGUACUCGAGGCGAGCGACCGCGGCGUGAGGCAGCUGCCGCAGCUUUUCCGAGACCACGGCAUCACCGCCGAGCACCACUUCCCUCUUGUCCAAGAUGUCCACAACACCCUGUUUGGAGCACGCCGUGGGGACGAGGCCGGCGACGGUUCCAUGUCCAUUUCCGGCCGCUCACGUCGCCUCCCCCAGUUCCUUGCAGACCGAAACAUCCCCGACCACGGUGGCGCCCUGGCCAGCGGCAUAGAAGCCGUCUUCUUCGGUGGCAGGCCCAGCCGCGCUGCAUCGACGUUGGCGCUAUCACAGCACCCGCCCCCACCUCCGCCCCCGCCACAGCCGCAGCCGCAGCAGCAUCACGGCUGGAGCGAGCUGAGCUUUCCGCGCAUCGGCUGGGGGAGCCUUCCUUACCAGAAUUUCCUGGUUUUGUCCCAAUCCAGCAGCCACGAUCAGAUCCAGCCGCCGCAAUUCGUAGACCAAUCCUUGGCUGCCCCGUUCUCGUCCAACCCCAACCCAAGCCUCGCCGCUGUCGACCCCCCUUCACCCAGCCUUGUUUUCGGGGAUAAUUAUGUCGAAGGCGCUUAUGGGGCUGACACGUACUUUCCGCGCGCCGACCAGACGAAUGCGACUCCCCUUCCGAUGGAUAAUUUUGACUUUUCGGCUUCACCAGUUCAUGAUGUCUCCAUGGACGACACCAAUCCGCCGACCAAACCCGCCAGCGCCAUGCAAACAGCACUGGUCGACUGUGUUGAAGAGCCAUCCUCUGCCGUCCCAUGACAAUUGGCCAGCGUCGCAUCCAUUGCCUCACUCUACAUCUGCCAUGCUCUGGCGCUUCUUGGUUUAAUAGUGAUGGCGAAGGAAGGGAGUGGGCAGUUGUAUUAUGUAUUUAUGACGGCACAGCCCCGGCCAGCGAUUAUCAGAUUAGGUACCCGUACUUAUUGCAAUCGUUUUAGCCCUAGAUUGAACCCAGCCCCUAUUCAUCU